GUCGCUGAUAUGUAUGGAGGAGAGUGCGUUUGGAGCCCUACCAGUGAACCUCCCUGAAGAUUUGACAAAAAUACGCAUAGAAAAAUCUCACUUUACUGAAAUUCCCAGAAGGGCUUUCUCCACAUCGAGCUCUCUGGAGAACCUUUGGCUGAACUUUAAUGACAUUACUUUAAUAAACUCAAAGGGUUUGGAAGGUUUGGGCAACUUGACGGAACUCCGUUUGCAGGGGAACAAGCUGCGCUCAGUACCAUGGACAGCGUUCGAGGACACGCCGUCUCUGAAGAUCCUGGACCUGAAGCACAACCAGCUGGACGUCCUGCCGGAGCACGCCUUGAAAUUCCUGCCAGAUCUCACGUACUUAGACUUGUCCUUCAACCGGCUCACGGUCAUCUCGAGGGAGGUCUUUCAGAACUGGCCCCUUUACCAAAAACUGCAGAGCGUGGAGGACCGGGAGGUGUCCGGGCCGAACGUCGUCCUGGCGCUGCACGACAACGCCUGGCUGUGCGACUGCCGCCUGAAGGGCUUCGUGGAGUUCGUCUCGUCCCUGAGCCCCCCCAUCAUUCUGAUGAACUCCUACUUGACCUGCUCAGAGCCGGGCUUUAGGGCCGGGAAGUUCUUCCACGAAAUCGAGCUCCGGGCGUGCAUGAAGCCGGCUGUCAGCACCUCCACGACCAACACGAGCCUGGCGCAGGGCUCCAACCUCACCCUGCACUGCACGGCCAAGGCCCGGCCGGAGCCCGCCGUGUGGUGGACAUAUGGCCUGAAGAUAAUCAGAGGAUUUCAUGAAUCUCAGGAAAGAGUGUCUGAUGACACGAUUAGAUCCCUCCUGGUGAUCCCCUCCCUCAGUGCAGCUGACCGAGGUGUCUACACCUGCACUGCAGUGAACUUCAUGGGGAACUCCUCAGUCAGCAUCUUCCUGGACGUCCUCACCGCUGACAGCAGCCAGUCACCCUAYGCUCCAGGUCGCCCGGCUCCACCAGGAGCUCGAAAUGAAAACGUCUUCAUUGACAUCCGCAUCGCUAAACAGACUGUGCGUGGGAUCUCCAUCGAGUGGUUCGCUGCUCUGGAUCACCCCUCAGAAACGUGGUUCACCAUCCACUUCGGUCGCGCAGACGCCGAUAAAAAAGAAACGACCUACAUCGGGCCUGGGAUUCACUCGUACUCCGUCUCAGAUCUGAUGCCCGCCACCAAAUAUGAAAUCUGUGUAACCCUCAAGAACCAGACGCCACAGCCAGGCCAGUGUAUCGUGUUUGUGACAGGAAGUGACAUCACGGAGAUGGAGCAGAGGGAGAAGCUCAUUCACAUAGUGGUGAUAGUUUUAGCCAUGGUGCUGGCCGUGCCUAUAGGCAUGUACGCCUGCACCACCGACACUAGGUUCGUGUGUGUGGAGGUGAUCAUGGAGUCCUGGAAGAGACGCCAGAGAGAGAGCAACUCCCUUGUGAUGGAGCGAGAGCGGCAGGGCACCUUCGACAGUCUGCAGGCCGCCAGCGAUGAAGGGCUGGUCAAUAAAGAUUCGAGUGAAGACAGGAAGGCCGAGGAGAUUGUUGGAAAGAUGUGAAAGAUGACCUUUAUGUCAACGCUAUAAUUCACGGAUUUUCAUCAGUAUAGAUAAGUGAAGAUGUUUGACUUUUUCAGAAAUAUGAAACAUUUUUCAAAUGAAAAAUUUUGUUUGUUCUGAAAAACUGCUUUACUCCUUCAUCUUCUGUAACAAUCUUUUUGUCAGAAACAAUGGAACAGAAACAGAAAUAUUAAAAUGUCUACUAUUUAAAUAUACCACAUUUUAUUAAUUUGUUGUGUUAAUAUACAAAAAACUUGAUUUCCUAAAAAAGAGAAUUUUUUUUCUUACACAUAUUUUUAUAGUAAACUUUGUUUUUGCAUGUAGGGUUUUCUGUGUGUAUCAUGCAUUUUGUGUCCCUUGCAUGGCUUUUAUCAGGCAUUUUUAUGAUAUAUAUUUGCUAUUUUCAGCUUAUAGUGCAUCGGAACACAUCUAAAAAUGUUUUUAUUAAAUUUGCUGACAAGAAGUGAUUUUAUUGUGCUGGAAAAACCUUAUUCAGAAUAUAGAUUUUAAAGAGGUUUUUAAAAUGUCACAAUAUAAAAACAGAGUAAACAUUAUGAAAAUUGUAUAAAAAAUCAUAUGGUUUAUCAGCAAAGUUGCAAAGAUUAUGUUAUUCUGUGUAAGGUCUGAAAAUUGAAACUAGAAGUACAGUACGUUGACGUUUUCAUCAUCUGAAUUAACUGGACACACCUAAUAAAUCUCUGUGAGGGAACAAUAAAGUUUUAUGAUCAUUUCUUUAAUCCUCUCUGUAUGUGCACUUCACGGUUCAUUUUUCUUCCAAUGCAGCUGAAAAUCCCAUUUGCACCAACCAGCUGGGACAGAUGGCCCAUCGGAUAUACAGCAACCAAUAGUAUUCUUCAUUUGAAACAAUACCCAAUCACUGAUAUCCUUUCCAAUAUGCUCUCAUCUUAAUGAUGUAUGGAUUCUUGAUUGAUUAGACAAAAAAUAAAUAAAAAAAACAAACAAACAAACAAAAAAAACGCCUACUUCCAUCUUCGUUGUUUCUUAGAGAACUGGUAUUCAUUUAAGGACAUAAAAUGAAAAACAUACUUGCAGAAAAAGGCUGUUUUCUUUUGAGAACAUGUGAAAUGAAAUAGUUUGAGAGAAAAAAAGGCAGCUUUUGCCGCAAAACUCAGUGUAAUUUUAAAUGUUAUUUUACAGUAUAUUUAAGUUAUUAAUAAGACUUAAUUUCUAAUGGUAAGGGGUGAUAAUGUUGUGCCCGUGACUGUGCACAUGUGUUUAUUUGUUUGUUACAGUGUUAGCAAAAUAUUUCAUGAACCAGUAGACAUAUUUUAAGGAAACUCCCUGAAAGUAAUCAUUGGAUGGACAUUUACAACCUCUUAACUAAUGGAGUCAACUGAAUUCAAGUUGAUCAACAUUAAUCCACACAA